AUGCCUUCAUCCACAAAAUCUGUACUUGUUGUUCUAACCAAUUCAAACACGAUUUCCUCAUCAUGCCCACCCGGUGAUAAAUGCUGCACCACUCCCUCCUCGGAGCAAAAAACAGUUUCGGGCUUCGACAUCAAGGAAGUUGCUUACAUAUACUUGAAUCUUUGUAAGAAAAUGAAGCUUCCCAUUACCUUUGCUACGCCACAUGGUGGAAUGGCACCUGUUGACCCAAGUUCCAAAGAGGAAACAGAAAAGGACUCAUAUGUCCGCGAGUUCUUAAGAGAUACCAGUCUGCUCGAUAGAUUCCAUGACACUAAACCGCUCAGCAGCAUUAAUCCCGAAGAAUAUUCGAUUGUCCUUAUACCCGGAAAGUAUGCGACCAUGGUGGAUCUCGCUUCAAAUGAUACUCUUUGUAAGAUUAUCGAUGCCGUUUAUUUCAAGAAUCGCGGUAUCAUAGGGACCAUUGGGCAUGGUGUGUGUGCCUUGUUUUCGUGCCAGUCAGAAGAAAAAGACAAGCCAAAAGCCUCCCCAUUGUGUAAGAAUUUUCUUAAAGGCAGAAGAUGCACUGGCCCCACAAAUGAAGAGGAAAAAAUUCUAAACAUCGACCAUUGCCUCCCAUAUCUCAUUGAAGAUAGGCUUCGCGAAUGUGGAGCCCACUUUGAAUCGGCGCAUCCUUUUAGCCCGUUUGUUGUUGUAGACGAACGACUUGUGACGGGGCAAA